AUGGGAUCCUGCUGCUCGACCUCGGACAACUCGUCCCAGCACGAACUCGACCAACAACCCCGCCCCGCGCAGCCGCCGCCCUCCAACAUGCCGCCCGCCCGCGACCACGUCGUCAGCCUCGACAAGAAAUGGGCCUACCACGCCGUCGACGGCUACGAGCUCAACAACAACACCUGGGGCCUCGAGAGCGCCACCUCGGGCUCCCAGCGCACCCACUACGACGGGCCCAGCCCGCCCGGCGCCUCCGGGGCCGUCGGCAUCGCGUGGUCGACCGACUGGGAGUGGCAGGGCGGCGAGCACAACGUCAAGUCGUACGUCUACGGCGCGCGCCAGUUCGAGCGCCGCCUGCUGAGCGACAUCCGCGCGCUGCCGACCGAGGCCGAGUGGCACUACAGCACGUGGGAUGUGCGCGCCAACGUCGCCUACGACAUCUUUACGGACCCCGACAAGGACCACGCCAACAGCAGCGGCGAGUUCGAGGUCAUGAUCUGGCUGGCGAAGCUCGGCGGCGUAUGGCCCAUCAGCGAGUCCAAGGCGCCCAUCGCCCACGUCGACAUCUGCGGCCACCAGUGGGAGGUGCACUUUGGCUACAACCACGGCGGCGCCAUGAAGGUGUACAGCUUCCUGCCGGUCAACGGCCCGAUCCAGCACUUCAGCGCCGACGUGAAGCAGUUCUUCGACUUUUUGAGCCACCAGUUCCAGUUCCCGCAGCACAACCAGUACAUGCUGGUCUACCAGCUCGGCACCGAGGCGUUCACCGGCGGCCCCGCCGAGUUCGUGGUGCCCAAGUUCAUUGCCGACGUCGUCUGA